ACACAGGAAGUAACCACUGGAUUUUUUUUUUUCUUUGGAAGGGGAUGAACAGCGAGUUCUCUCACCAAAAUAACGUAGUACCAUUGUGAAAGCAUAGACCCAGCUAACGCUUAAUUAUACUGUAAUUUUUGGGGAUAAAUAAACAAGUCAACAAAGAUGCUCAUUAAAGUGAAGACACUCACAGGCAAGGAGAUAGAGAUCGACAUCGAGCCCACGGAUAAGGUGGAGCGGAUUAAAGAGCGAGUGGAGGAGAAAGAAGGGAUCCCUCCGCAGCAGCAGAGGUUGAUCUACAGUGGCAAACAGAUGAACGAUGAGAAAACAGCGGCAGACUAUAAAAUCCAGGGAGGCUCUGUUCUCCAUCUGGUCCUUGCUCUGCGAGGUGGACAAGCGUGCCGCUCUCCCAGAAGCCGAUGCUCCAGGCCUGCCUUGUAGCGGUCGCUCAGAGACAAGCCUUAACCUUUUGCGAUGCCUGCGCUGAGCGGAUACACUGAUGGAGGCAGGUAGCCGGGGGGGGUUUCACCUCACAGCGUCGUAGGUGACAUGGAGCCAUUGGUAGAAAAGAGUUAGAUCUGGUUCUACUUGUGGCAGCUGUUUUCCUGCGGCCAAAUAUGUGCUGGCUGCAAACACUUCCUCCUCCACGUUAUAUCAUCGCCACAGCAAUACACUCUAAAUGUUAAGGCUGACAUGGCUGAAAAGGCUUCCUUUUUACGACAGAAUUAAACAAAGCUUUGGCCAAAGAUUUACAGCCUAAAGGUAAUUUGGCUGCUACAUUACAGAAAACUGCUGUACGGUGUUCAAGCAGUUCCCUGUGUCUUUCUGCGGUAUUGCGUGAAAGCACAGACAUCAUUUUUGUUCCUCUAAUGGUAAAAUUGAGACAACUGUAUCUCAAAGAUGCUUCAGGGACAACCCAUCCCUGGGUUACAGCCUCUGCCUUCACAAUGUGACACAGACCUGUUCUCCCCAACUCAUUCAGUAUAACUAUUUGAAGCUACCGGGUGUCAAAAAUCCUCUUGAGGAGCGCCGAUGUCAAGAACAGUCCGUUGAACACAUCUUUUCACCUUCUGGCGGCACGUUAAUUGAGAAGGUAGAUGUCACUUUCAUUUUUGUCCGUUAAGCUAAAGCAGCAGACAGCCAGCAGCCGGUUAGCUUAGCUUAGCAGAGCGAAAGAGGAAGAAACCGCUAUCUUGGCUAUGAUCCAGGGAAACAGCCAGCACCUCUAAACUUCACUUAUUCACUACUUAUGUCUUGUUUUUACAAUCCGUCCCAAAAAGCAGUUUUUAAAAUGACAAUUUGCAGGUUUCCAGGGUUCAUAUGCCAGAUUCAGGAAACAAACAAACAGAGACCCUAAGAAGUUACCAAUACACUUCUGGCACUUCAGGUCACAUUCAUUCAUUUAAAAAAAACAAAAAACAAAAAACCACCAGUUAUGUUAUAGUUAAGAGCAAGACAUGCAAUAACACAGUCAGAGGCAGUAUUGUUAUUGAGAUGUAACCUGUUAGUUAAUCAGUUUUAGAGAUGCUUUGUUACCGGAGCUGGACAGAACCUGGCUACCUGUUUUUGCUCUUUGUAUUAAGCUAAGCUAACUGUCUUCUGGUUGUAGUCGUACCCCUAAAGGAUAUAGUUGUGAAUGCAGUGUUGAUCUCUUCAUAUAACUUCCUGCCAGAGAGGCAUGUACCUGUUUUUCUAUAAGGAAAAAUGAGAAGUGGAGGACAUUUACUGCGUUAAAAAUCCUAAAUCAUGUCGCGGAGAUUGCUUUAUACAUGCCGAAUUCAUCCAGUUGAUGUUUUUCGUUUAAGAAGACACCAGGCUGGGAUGGUCUUGUCUGACAAGGGACUCAGUUGACAUGGAUUAUUUAGGUUGUUUUUUUUUUUAUGUUCAGAGACGUUUUAGAUGCUAUGUCAGUUCACAUAUGUCCCAGUUAACCCAUUCUGUUGAUUACUUUGUCUGUAGAAUAAACUUGUGUUAAAAAAUG